GAGAGAGAGAGAGAGAGAGAGAGAGAGAAGGUUCGCGGGAGGAGCGCGUACAGUUACAGACAGGCUGCGGGAAGAAGAGAGUCGCCGGUCGCAGGGAGAGCUCCAGAACACACCGCCAAAAAUAAUGGGAGUCGAAAUCGAGACGAUAACCCCGGGCGACGGAAGGACUUUCCCCAAAAAAGGACAGACGUGCGUGGUGCAUUAUGUGGGCUCCCUGACAGAUGGACGCAAGUUUGACUCGUCCCGGGACAGGGACAAACCCUUCAGGUUCAAGAUUGGCAAGCAGGAAGUUAUCCGGGGCUGGGAAGAGGGAGUUGUGCAGAUGAGUGUCGGUCAAAGGGCUAAGCUGACCUGCUCGCCUGACUACGCUUAUGGAAACAAAGGCCACCCAGGCAUCAUCCCUCCUAACGCCACCCUCAUCUUUGAUGUUGAGCUGCUGGGCUUGGAAUGAAACAGAUCUGCAGCCCGUUUUCUUUUUUUGUGUUGUUUGACUUCCAACCUGGGUGACCUGGAGAGAAGCUAGGAGAGUCUGCACUUGAUUCUAUAAGAGGCUUAAGUCUAUAGUUCCACUACUUAUUUCAUCACACUAGGACAGUUUGUGUUCUUUUGUCUCUGUGACUGAGUUAAUUUUCCAACAUAUUCUUCCUCCUGAAAAGUAUGGGCCAUAACCUCACAAACCUCCAUGUUCUUAAUCUUGAAUAUUUUUGAGUUUCGCUCUACUUUUUGUUGUGUUUUAGUUGUUUUGUUUUUUUGAAUCGCGCGUUGUGCAUGGUUACACUGAGAAGUACAUAAUAAAAAUGAACCACCAGUAGCGACAUUCAUCCCUAAUGAGUCAGUGCGUGUUGGUAUUAAAAUGUUUGAGAGCUGGUGGUUGUUAUAUUAUAGAAACAAAAAAAGUGUAACAAAUGAAAAUGAAAAGCACAUGUUAGAAUCAAGCUUAAAACCAGAACAAAAUAAAUUAGUUUCUGUUACAGCUAUGGCUUGGUGUGGGAUUAAGUGGCUUCCUGUUGUGAAAUGUCAAGUUACGGGAAGCCCUACUGGUGCAACACAGGAAUUGUGCCCUAAAUAUAGAAUAUAGUGCCACUAUGUUUACCUUCUAAUCCAUAUUGUUAAUAUGUGUGAGCUCCACUGGGUUAAUUUGCGCAAAGGAGAACCAAUCCCAGUUGUAGAUAGUUCUAAUGUGUGCCUACAUAUUCUCACCAGACACGGGGUAACUACCUUUUUCCUGUCUGCAUGUUCGAGGCCCGAUGGAAAUAUUAGGAUGUAGAUGUUGAACGCUUUGCAUUUGAUUUGCGUUAGUACUGCCUUCUCUUCUCGCCAAGUCUUUAAACCCCAUUUAAAGCCAUACACAGGUCGAACUGUGAAAAGAUAGGAUUUCGCGGUGAUGCACAUCAAUUGGAGUUUUUCUUUUGUUGUCCAAAAAAAGGGAAAUGCUUGAAAUUUACAAAAGGGGGUUGAGGAAUCAAUCAAAUUGUUAUUGUGUCACAACUUCAAUUAUGUAUUUUUCAGAUGCCAACUUUCUAUUUCUAAGAAUCAACAAAGUAAAUGUAUCUAUGAUAAUAGACGAUGCUCUUCUUAUUUUGUAUUUCUUUAAAAAAAAAAAAGGGGUCAGUUAAGUACCACGCUGCCUAACUAAAGUCUGUGUGGUUGUAGAAUAAAACGCUGACACACACAGGCUUCCUAGCAGUUUUGUAUCCCAAAUAAAUAGUUUUAAGUGGAGUUUAAAUGAAGGAAUACGCUGGCCUGGCUGUCAGAUAUUGACUGUGGCUGUCGAUGUUACAUAUUGGCCAACCUGGUGUGGCAGGAAUCAACGUCUGUACUGUGUAGUUAUGUGCUGAUACGUUACUGUAUGCAGGCUAAACCAAUGAUGACAUAUUUAAAAUAAAAGAAGUGCUCUCCAA